UGACAGAGACUGCAUGCUUUCAGUUAGACAUUGCUUUCUCCAGGGAACCUCUUUUUGAAAGUAUGCACUUCCCAGAGGGCAUCCCUCCCUCCUUGUCAUGGUUUAGUUUAUUAGGUUCUAGUUAUUUGCUUUACAAUGGUAGCCUGGGAAUAGUAAAUGUGCAAGGGCUGAGAUUUGUGUAUCGGGGAAGAGUGGUAUGGGGUUAGUUAGGGCCUCUGACAGAUGGUGAAAAGUAAGGAAAAGAAGAAAUUUUGCACUGUCUUCAGGUCCACUUUGCCAUUCUGUUCCCCUGAGGUGUCAGAGCAGCUCCUCUACCUUCCCAGAAAUAAGGUUAAACAGCCAUGCUCUUCUGGUCACCCUGGGGCCUCCAUCUUUUAAAUCUGCAGUCAGCCUGAAAACAAGUCUGGCCCAGGGCGCUACCUGCUGUUCACCUGCCUUGUCUCCUGCACCCUUGGCUGGGUUGGAACUUUUGUCCUUUUGGCACUAACCCAUUCUUGUUCAUCUUCCAGCAUCCUUGAGCACCUCCUGUCCUUCUUCAUGACUUCAGGACUCCCUUGGUCUUGGAGCCCGGUGCGAUUUCAGGGUUUCUUAGUGACCUGGAGGUUUGACACCGAGCCAAUUCUGUGGCAGAUGGUGGGGUCUGAGGCUUAAUCCGUGAUUAAAAAUCAUUUCUUGCAUCAUGUCUAUGCUUUCCCAGUUUGGAGCAGUGAGAAUAAGGCCACCAUGGUGACCCUGACCAGUGGCGAGGGAGGAAGGAGGAAAGAGGACCCAUUGUGCACCUUCCCUGUAGGUUAUCAGCUGAAGCGUUCAGGAUGUGUUGGAUCCUAUUUUUAGUCUCCGGAAUUUGUCAUCAUCCAGUGCUAUUUUCCCCAUUACGCAAAAGUGGCAGAGGAAUUGGGGGCAGGCUUCUGUCUCCAAGGAAACGAUAGUGCUAGGGGCAUACUGGAGGGGGUCAGGCCUGGAAGGCUGCGGAAGGCGCCGGAUUUAGUCCUCACAACUCCUGCCUUGAGGCCUUUCUCUGAAACUGAGGCCUAGAAAGGGCAGGAAAUCCCCUCGAGUCACAAUGAGCCUGCCUCCAGGGAAGAGUCAGAAUGAGCUGAAGCCAGGGUCCCGCGCCCUCGGCUUUCCCCAAAGCUCAGGAAGGCCCUCCUAGCUCCAUUCUUUGAGCUUUCCAUCAAACAAGUCCUGUAGUUCGUGCUUCUUUUAGGAGCUCUCAAGGUCGAGGUCCAAGACUUCCCCUUUAAGGCGCUCUUCCCCUUUAAGUCUCACCGCUCCUUUCGUCAUGCUGCGUCUCAUUCUUAAGGCUCCGCCCCUUAAAACAGCUUCCGCGAGGCGUCGACAGAGGCAAGGAGGUGACGGCCCCUUUAAGCCUGAGCCACGCCCCUGGCUCGCCGUCCUCUCCUUUCCUUUUCCCUUCCAGCCCGCACCUGGUGCUCCGGCAGGUCGUGCGGCGCGACGCGCGGCGUUGAGUGCAAGGCCGAGCGGAGAGCUGGUCGUCACCAUGGCAAUGCGGGAGCUGGUGGAGGCCGAAUGCGGGGGUGCCAACCCGCUUAUGAAGCUGGCCGGGCACUUCACCCAGGACAAGGCCCUUAGGCAGGAGGGAUUAAGGCCUGGCCCCUGGCCCCCAGGAACUCCAGCCUCCGAGGCGGUUUCAAAGCCUUUGGGGGUAGCCUCUGAAGAUGAGCUGGUGGCCGAAUUCCUCCAGGACCAGAAUGCACCACUUGUAUCCCGUGCCCCUCAGACCUUCAAGAUGGAUGAUCUCCUGGCAGAAAUGCAGGAGAUUGAACAGUCAAGCUUCCGCCAGGCACCCCAGAGAGCCCCUGGUGUGGCAGACUUGGCCUUGUCUGAGAACUGGGCCCAGGAGUUUCUUGCAGCUGGAGAUGCUGUGGAUGUAACUCAGGAUUAUAAUGAGACUGACUGGUCCCAAGAAUUUAUCUCUGAAGUUACAGACCCCUUGUCUGUGUCCCCUGCCCGCUGGGCUGAGGAAUAUCUAGAACAGUCAGAGGAGAAGCUGUGGCUGGGAGAGACUGAGGGAACAGCUGCCGCUGAUCGCUGGUAUGAUGAAUACCAUCCUGAGGAGGAUCUGCAGCACACGGCCAGUGACUUUGUGGCCAAGGUGGACGACCCCAAAUUGGCUAACUCUGAGUUCCUGAAAUUCGUGCGGCAGAUUGGCGAGGGGCAGGUGUCCCUGGAGUCCGGUGCAGGGUCGGGCCGAGCUCAGGCAGAACAGUGGGCAGCAGAGUUUAUACAGCAGCAGGGUACAUCAGAUGCCUGGGUUGACCAGUUCACAAGACCAGUAAACACCUCUGCCCUUGAUAUGGAGUUUGAACGAGCCAAGUCAGCUGUAGAGUCUGAUGUCGAUUUCUGGGACAAGUUGCAGGCAGAGUUGGAGGAGAUGGCAAAACGGGACGCCGAGGCUCACCCCUGGCUUUCUGAUUAUGAUGACCUCACGUCUGCUUCCUAUGAUAAGGGGUACCAGUUUGAGGAGGAGAACCCCCUGCGUGACCACCCCCAGCCUUUCGAGGAAGGGCUGCGACGGCUUCAGGAAGGGGACCUGCCCAAUGCUGUGCUGCUUUUUGAGGCGGCUGUGCAGCAUGAUCCUAAGCACAUGGAAGCUUGGCAGUAUCUGGGUACUACCCAGGCAGAGAAUGAACAAGAACUAUUAGCCAUCAGUGCUCUGCGGAAGUGUCUGGAGCUAAAGCCAGAUAACCGGACAGCACUGAUGGCCCUUGCUGUCAGCUUCACCAACGAGUCCCUGCAGCGACAGGCCUGUGAAACCCUGCGAGACUGGCUGCGCUACACACCGGCCUAUGCCCACCUGGUGGUGCCUGGGGAAGAAGGGGUCAGUGGGGCAGGACUGGGCCCCAGUAAGCGCAUCCUGGGAUCUCUGUUGUCUGACUCCAUGUUUCUUGAAGUAAAAGAGCUCUUCCUGGCAGCUGUGCGCCUGGACCCUACAUCCAUUGACCCUGAUGUGCAGUGUGGCUUGGGGGUCCUUUUCAACCUGAGUGGGGAGUAUGACAAGGCGGUGGACUGUUUCACAGCUGCCCUCAGCGUUCGUCCCAAUGACUAUUUGCUGUGGAAUAAGCUAGGGGCCACCCUGGCUAAUGGAAACCAGAGUGAAGAAGCAGUAGCUGCUUACCGUCGGGCCCUUGAGCUACAGCCAGGCUAUAUACGAUCCCGCUAUAACCUGGGCAUCAGCUGCAUCAACCUUGGAGCUCACCGGGAGGCUGUGGAACACUUUUUGGAGGCCUUGAACAUGCAGAGGAAAAGCCGGGGCCCUCGGGGCGAAGGGGGUGCCAUGUCAGAGAAUAUCUGGAGCACGCUGCGUUUGGCAUUGUCUAUGUUAGGCCAGAGCGAUGCCUAUGGGGCAGCCGAUGCCCGGGAUCUGUCCGCCCUCUUAACUAUGUUUGGCCUGCCCCAGUGACAGUGGGAUGGGCUGCCCUGUGAGUGUCUGUCUGGAGGGGUCCCCGCUCUGGAUGUGACUCCCUUUCCCCAAAUGGGCCUACCAAGGGGGUGGGCUGAUGACCAUAAGCGGUACGGCCUCUCAGGAGCUGCCUCAAUGUAGAGGUGGAUUGUCCGUGUUGUUGUUCCUACUUAAUUGUAGGAAAAUGAGCUGUGUUGUCUCUGAGUCCCUUGGUAAUUCAUGGGCUGCACAUCCACCUAUAGAUCUCUCUGCUCAUCAUGCUCUUUCUUGGUGCUGCUUUUUGGGUAGGACCCAGAGAUACAGGGUAACUGUUGUCAUCAGCUGCCAUUUCUGAUAGGGUCUACCACAUUUGUAAUGUCUGUUCUUUCCCCUGCUUUUACUGGGAGUUGAUAAAUAUUACGUGUAUUCUGUGAUGACUGUACUAGGAUGGGAUGUGUCAGGAGUUGGCCGGUUUGAUUUAAAUGUUGAUUUGGCUCAGCAGAGCUGAGCUUUGGUAGGGGUGCUCAUAGUUCUUUCAUUCUUGGACCUCUCCUGGCUGUCACUCGGAUUCCCUGGUUAUGAUGCUGCACUCAGUGAUGCCGGCGUCAUUAUCAUAGGGGUCCUCAAGAACUUCCAGGGUCACUUGUUACCGGGAGUGUUUGGGUGUGGGGCAGGAGGAAGGCUCAUUGUGGAAUGAGCGUAGAAGGGACCAGAGGGAAUCGGAUUAAGGGUUCUGUUCUGGGGCCUUUGAUGGGAGGGCAGAGCAGUAGGAUGAGGGAUGUGGUUAGUGCAGCGGUCCCUCCUCUCAGGAAGACCUACAAGUAGAAAUUGAGCUAGCUCUUCUAGAAAGUUGGUCCAGAAAUUGCCAUCUUGCCAAAUUCCUAGCAAAGAGGGCAUUCAGUGUUACCUUAAGCCUUUGCUGUACUUCUUGAAAUGUUUCUAGGGGAGAGAGUUGAAAAACCCCUUCCUCCAUGGUACCAUGGCAAGGUGAAGAUUGAGGGAAGUUGAGGGAGGAACCUGGAUUCUUUUGAACUGUCCCCUGCACCAAUCUCCAGAAAUGACUGCUGAGCCGAUUGCCUUGUCUUCGGUAACUAAUGAUCAGAGAUUUUUUUUUUAAAACUACCAUGGUCCCAAGGUUCCAUCCUGAAAUUUAUUUUCCUUUGUGUGAAUAUGUGUAAAUGAUUUAAAAAUAAAAUUGUAAAAUAUUUGUAUGAAGAAUAAAUGGAACUGACAUGGGUCUGAGUUCUGCUGCCAAGUGUGAAGGUGUGGUGGUGGGAGGUGGGUUGGUGUUUGGAGGACUGGUAUUCAGCACUUUUCCUCUUCUCUCUCUUUCAAAUUCUUAUUGGUGUAUUAGUCACAUAUCUAUCUACCCAGUGAUUAUUCAGCGCCUAAUACAUGCUAGGUACUACGAAUAAGAUGGACAAGUUCCCUUUGUUCUUGGAGCUUAUGGUUUAGCAAGAGAGAUGUUUAACAGUCAAGCAUUUUUUAUACUUGGGUUACUUUUAUAAAGGAAAAUUUGGGGGUGCUAUAUCAUUGUUUAAUAUUGUUUUAUUGUGAGUUAUAUGGGAGAAUUUUUGUAAAUUUUUUUCAAUCCUUAGGGCUUCUAAAGGAUUUCAUUUGGCUCUACUUGGUUUUCUUAGGAAUGAAGAAAUCAAAAUGGCAUGUUGCACUAUUGAGCCAUUAUCAAGAUGGGUCAAUAUCCUGGGGAAA